GUGCGCCCCGCGAGGGAGGGAUGGGGGGCUGGCCGCGGGCUGGCUGACAUCACUGCCCCGGCACCGGCCUUUUAGCUCGGCGUCGGCCUCCCCAGUGUGCAGAGCGCCCGCUCCCGCGCACAGCAUCGCCCCGCGCAUCCCUCAGCAGCCGCUCGUCUCCCACCCGCCGCAGUCAUGGCCAACAAGGGCCCGGCGUACGGCAUGAGCAGGGACGUCCAGUCCAAGAUCGAGAAGAAGUACGAUGACGAGCUGGAGGACCGCCUGGUGGAGUGGAUCGUGGCGCAGUGUGGGGCCAGCGUGGGCCGCCCCGACCGGGGCCGCCUGGGCUUCCAGGUCUGGCUGAAGAACGGCAUCGUGCUCAGCCGGCUGGUGAACAGCCUCUACCCCGACGGCUCCAAGCCCGUCAAGAUCCCCGACAGCCCCCCCACCAUGGUGUUCAAGCAGAUGGAGCAGAUCGCCCAGUUCCUCAAGGCGGCCGAGGACUACGGCGUGGUGAAGACAGACAUCUUCCAGACCGUCGACCUCUUUGAAGCCAAGGACAUGGCGGCGGUGCAGAGGACGCUGAUGGCCCUGGGGAGCCUGGCGGUGACCAAGAACGACGGGAACUACCACGGGGACCCCAACUGGUUCAUGAAGAAGGCGCAGGAGCACAAGCGGGAGUUCACCGAGAGCCAGCUGAAGGAGGGCAAGAACGUCAUCGGCUUACAGAUGGGGAGCAACAAGGGCGCAUCACAGGCGGGGAUGAGCUACGGCCGGCCCCGGCAGAUCAUCAGCUAGGCAGCCCCCCGCCUCCCCCAGCCCCAGCCAGGACCUCCGUCUGCGCUCCCUCCAGCCCCGCGUGCCGCAGCUGCCGGGGCGCCGGCGACUCCAGCCGCCCCCCACCGAUUGGUAUUUAUUGGAAACCAAAAGCCAGCCAGCCCAAAACACCCCUCCGGCGCCACGACCGGCACCGAGCCGCAGCCCAGCCGUGCCCCGCCGCGCUCGCUCUGGCUCCCGCUCCCGGGCGGCCUCUCCUCUCCUCCUCCUCCUCCUCCUCCUCUCCUCCUCUCCGGCCUCGCACGCUCCCCGCUUCACUCCUGCGAGCCCCGCCGCCAGCUGGCCCCGUCCCCCCCUGCGCCCAGCCGUGCUCGCGGGCACCCACGGGUGCCCCGUGGCCCUCCCCGGGGAGGGCGCGCGCCCCAGCACCCGGAGCCACCCUGCCUGCCCACCACCCCGCGCCAGCCCAGCGCCACUCUGGCAGAGAUCCUCGCGAAUGGGGAGAAAAGAAAAUUGGCCUCGGUUUUGUACUUCGUUUUUGUCAAAAUUAAAAGGUUCUUCAGCCAGC